AAUCGUCCACGCUCUUAUAAAUAAUAUCUCUCCUCUCUCUCUUUUUGUUGCCCGAUAAUAUUUCGACACCUGUGUUCACUCUCUUUGUGUCUUCUUCUUCAGAGUUUGAGACGAGGAGAUUCUUAGUUUCCAAGGGGUUUCUUCGCUUACGUAACCUCACUCUCUCCGUCCGUCUGUCUCUCAGAUCCAUCAGGAAGGUUCUUGCUCAUUCUUGAAUAUGGACAGGGCAGACACAUGGGGGUUUGUCAGUGGUGGGAGAUGUUUAUAUCUCAAAUUGCUUUUAUGAUUGUAGCUUACAAAGUCUUCUUAAGUAUUAUUGUUCUAAGCAUAUUCUGUUUCCUCCCGUCUUCUUCAUAUGGAUUUGAACGAGAGUGGCCUUCACUUUUCUCGUACCAACGGUAUUACAAAGCUUGACAAUUACGGUGACACUGCUCUCAGCUUGAAAUGCCUUGGAAGCACUCGCUACAACCAUAAGCUUUGUUCUGACGUUUCUAAUUGUCCUGAUGGUGGUUGCGGCUUGGUUCUCGGUUUAGGUCCAACACCGCCCUCUUACUAUUACAAUGUCAACAAAGUGUCAGCUUCUUCUGGGACUUUUCAAGAACUCUCAUCAGGAGGCAACUCAAUUCUGCAACUCGGUCCUCCCGCAGUCACCACCAUGGAUGCUUUCAGCAGCCUUGAUUGCUCGUUGCUGACAUAUACAGAGACUAAUAUGUCACAAGCUGAUGAGGGUUCCACCUCUGCAAAGCGAUCAGGUGGCUAUAUGUCAUCGCUUCUCUUCGCUCCAAGGACUGAAACCGUUAGAAAACCUUCAAGAAUGCAAGAGUGUAGUAAUAAUUCACAGCUGAGCCAUCAUGAGUCAGAGUUCUCUGAAAGAACGGUAUCCGCCACAUCUUCUCAGCACAGGACGACCAACCCCAAAAAGUGCAAGUUCAUGGGAUGCACCAAAGGAGCCAGAGGCGCAUCAGGGCUCUGCAUUGGCCACGGAGGUGGGCAGAGAUGUCAAAAAGCAGGCUGCAACAAAGGCGCCGAGAGCAAAACUACAUUCUGCAAAGCCCACGGUGGAGGAAAGAGAUGCCAGCACUUGGGAUGUACAAAAAGCGCUGAAGGAAAAACUGAUUAUUGUAUAUCUCACGGCGGUGGAAGACGCUGUGGGUUCCCUGAGGGAUGCGGUAAAGCUGCGCGAGGCAAAUCAGGGCUAUGCAUCAAACACGGUGGUGGUAAAAGGUGUAGGAUCGAAGGAUGCACAAGAAGCGCUGAGGGACAAGCCGGGCUUUGUAUCUCCCACGGUGGUGGGAGGCGUUGUCAGUCUCCAGGGUGUACAAAAGGUGCUCAAGGGAGUACAAACUACUGCAAAGCUCACGGUGGUGGGAAGCGCUGCAUAUUCGCUGGGUGUACUAAAGGAGCAGAAGGUAGUACUCCGCUGUGCAAAGCUCACGGUGGAGGGAAACGUUGUAUGUUUGAUGGAGGUGGGAUUUGUCCUAAGAGUGUCCACGGUGGGACGAGUUUCUGCGUAGCUCACGGUGGUGGGAAGAGGUGUGUGGUUGCAGGGUGUACGAAGAGCGCUCGUGGGAGGACUGAUUGUUGUGUGAAGCAUGGUGGUGGGAAACGGUGUAAGUCUAUUGGGUGUGAGAAGAGUGCGCAAGGGAGUACUGACUUCUGCAAGGCGCAUGGUGGAGGUAAGCGGUGCUCGUGGGGAGGAGAUUGGAAGUGCGAGAAGUUCGCUAGAGGGAAGAGCGGUUUAUGCGCUGCGCAUAAUAGUAUGGCUCAGGAGAAAGGUGGAAGCAAGAUUGGUUUGAUUGGGCCUGGACUUUUCCGUGGACUUGUCUCUACCUCUUCUCAAACUACUGCUACUACUACUACAACUGAUCAUUCUCAGUCUGGAGUCAGUGCGGUCUCUGAUUGCACAGACUCCAUUGAUCGCUCGCUACAUCAUCAGCCUGAGAAAAGGCAGAAGGUGAUGAUACCAAUGCAGGUGCUUGUGCCUCCAUCGAUGAAAUCUUUAAGCUUUACGGAGGCUGAGAGACCAGAAACAGAAACAAACAACAACAGCAGUGGAAGGAACAUCUUUGACUUUAUGAUUCCGGAGGAGAGAGUUCAUGGCGGUGGGCUAAUGUCUCUGCUUAAUGGCAGCAUGAACCAGACACUCCGUUGAUGGAACUUGAAAGCUUUCUCUGGCUCAUCAGCAAAAAAGCUAAAGAAUCUGUGUAAAGCUUAUGUAAUAUGUAUAGUUUACCUUGUCUCUUUGAACCUUUGUAUAUUCAUGGGUCUGUGUUUUUGUAUGGUCUUGACUCUACCAUCUAGUCGAUGGCUCGAACCCGAGUCUUAUGUUUAUUUGAUUAUUAAUUUGGAA